CUAGAUGAAAUGUUGGGCUCUGAGGGUUCCUGCCUGAUUUUUUAAGUGGGCGACAUUCAAGACAGGUCCACUUGGAUAUUUUGGAGCUUUGCCUUUUGGGGGGGGGGGGCCUUUGGACUAGAUGAGACGUUGGGCCCUGAGCGUUCUCUCUUGACUUUUAAGUGGGUGAGUUUCUUCAAGACAGGUGCGUUUGGAUAUUUUGGAGGUGCCGACCAUGGCAGCAGCCAGCAGCAUUGCGUCCACUUUGGCUAGCAAGACCAAGACUAAGAAGAAACAUUUUGUGGCUCAGAAAGUCAAGCUGUUCCGGGCCAGCGAUCCUCUGCUCAGUGUCCUGAUGUGGGGAGUCAAUCACUCGAUCAAUGAACUCAGUCAUGUCCAAAUACCCAUUAUGUUAAUGCCUGAUGACUUCAAAGCUUAUUCGAAAAUCAAGGUGGACAAUCACCUUUUUAACAAAGAAAACAUGCCCAGUCACUUUAAGUUUAAAGAGUACUGCCCCAUGGUCUUCCGUAAUCUGAGAGAAAGGUUUGGAAUUGAUGAUCAAGAUUUUCAGAACUCCCUGACAAGAUGUGCUCCUCUAGCCAAUGAUUCACAAGCACGCAGCGGUGCUCGCUUCCAUACUUCCUGCGACAAGAGGUACAUCAUCAAAACCAUUACAAGCGAAGAUGUGGCAGAGAUGCACAACAUCCUGAAGAAGUACCACCAGUUUAUUGUGGAGUGUCAUGGCAACACGCUCCUUCCUCAGUUCCUGGGCAUGUACCGGUUAAACGUAGAUGGAGUAGAGACGUACAUGAUUGUCACAAGGAACGUCUUUAGUCACCGUCUAUCUGUGUAUAGGAAAUACGACUUAAAGGGCUCCACUGUGGCAAGAGAAGCAAGUGACAAAGAAAAGGCCAAAGAGCUGCCAACUUACAAAGAUAACGACUUCAUAAACGAUGGUCAAAAAAUCUGCAUUGACGAGAACAACAAAAAGAUGUUUCAGGAGAAACUAAAGAAAGAUGUUGAGUUUUUGGCACAGUUGAAGCUUAUGGAUUACAGCCUGCUGGUGGGAAUCCAUGAUGUGGAGAGGGCUGAGCAGGAGGAUGUGGAGAGCGAGGACAAUGAGGGGGAAGAAGAGGGCGAAAGUGAUGGGACGCACCCUGUAGGCACUCCUCCGGACAGCCCCGGGAACACGCUGAACAGUACAAAACUGCUGCCUCCCGGGGAGUUCGACCCAGCUAUUGACGUAUACGGAAUUAAAAGCCAUGACAAUGCACCCAGGAAGGAAGUCUAUUUCAUGGCCAUUAUUGACAUAUUAACUCACUAUGAUGCAAAAAAGAAAGCGGCACAUGCGGCAAAAACUGUUAAACACGGAGCAGGUGCAGAGAUCUCCACUGUUAAUCCAGAGCAGUAUUCUAAGCGUUUCUUGGACUUUACUAACAACAUCCUGACGUAACCUCCCCUGACACCCGGUAGAAUGUUCUAGAAGACAGGACGGACAUUGGUGGAGUAUCGAUGGAAAGACAGACGGACCGUGCUGGAACUUAAGCUCGCCAUGCAGAGAAGAACAUCCCUCCCCCAGCAACCUACAUCUUCUGGCAAAGAUGACCUGAGCAGGAGGAGGGAUUUAUUAACUUCCGUCGCUUCCUGGCAUAGUCCUAGUUAUUUUUUACUUUUUUCAUGUUUAAUUCAAGAAAAAAAAACAAAAAA